CCUGCGUGAUUUUUAAAAGAAGAAAAUGGAGCCAAAGCUGAAAGCAGAGCUAAGUUAAUUUAAGGAUACUGUAAAUGUGCAACAGUGUCUACCAAGGGCUUUCUUAGAACGUGUCGAGAUGAAGAUUGCAGUAGAAGGCUGUUGCCAUGGAGAGCUUGAUAAAAUUUAUGAAACACUGGAGUACAUUGAAAAGAAAAACAGUAUUAAGAUUAACCUGCUUUUGAUAUGUGGGGAUUUUCAGGCUGUUAGGAAUGUAUCUGAUCUGCAGUGUAUGGCAGUGCCACAGCACUAUCAAAAGCUUAACACAUUUUACAAGUACUACUCAGGAGAGAAGAAAGCGCCUUACCUGACAGUAUUUAUAGGAGGAAAUCACGAAGCUUCUAACUAUCUACAAGAACUUCCAUAUGGUGGAUGGGUAGCUCCUAAUAUAUAUUAUAUGGGCUAUGCCGGAGUGAUACAGUUUGCUGGAAUAAGAAUAGGUGGACUGUCAGGAAUCUUUAAGGGAAGAGAUUAUAACAAAGGUCACUUUGAACAUGUACCAUAUGAUAAUGAAACAAAGAGAACAGUGUAUCAUGUUAGAAGUUUUGAUGUUUUUAGAUUGAAACAGAUAUCCAGACCAGUUGAUAUAUUUUUGUCCCAUGACUGGCCCAGAGGGAUUUAUAAUUUUGGAAAUGUUAACAUGCUGCUGAAGAAGAAGCAAUAUUUCCGGGAGGAAGUAGAGCAGGAUCGACUGGGAAGUCCUGCUUCUAAAGAUCUCCUUUAUCACUUAAAGCCAGAAUACUGGUUCGCUGCUCAUCUUCAUGUUAAAUUCCCAGCCAUUGUUCAGCAUCAGGAGGUAGAUGGAAAUCAGAAGCAAACUAAAUUUUUAUCUCUGGAUAAAUGUUUACCAAGAAGAAAAUUUUUACAGAUUUUAGACAUACCACAUGAUGUAGAAAAGCCAAUGAAAAUAGAGCUAGAUCCUGAAUGGUUAGCCAUUUUGAAAUCAACCAAUCAUCUACUGAAUCUUACCAAGAUGGUCAGAUACAUGCCUGGACCAGGCUCCAAUGAAAAGUGGGAUUUCACUGUGACAAAGGAAGAUAUCAAUCAAAUACUAGAGGACUUUGGUGGGGAUUUGUCACUUCCUGAAAAUUUUGAGAAAACAGCUCCUGUCCAUAACCCAAAUGAACCAAAGAAGAAAUCACCUCCCCUUGUUACAAAUCCCCAAACAACUCUACUGUGUACAAUGUUGGAUCUUACAGAUCCGAAUGCAGUGUUUUUGGGUAAAGACUCCCACAUCAAGUUGGAGACUUUGUCUGUGCUGGAAUCUGCGGGGGAGACAGAGAGCGAGGCCACAGAGGGGGAUGACGAGGGCGAUGAUGUAGAAGACGAUGACACGGAAUAUGAGUCAGAACCAAGCUUCAUUUCUGUAUCAGGCAGUGAAAGAAGUUUCUUAUCCUCCAGUAAUGCAGAUGAGAGUUUCAUAUCAGGAUGCCUGAACCUCUCCACUGAUGACCAGAAUGCCAGCUUCAAUCCAGACGAAAUUUCUAUCUCUGAUGAGGAAGAUGAAUUUAGUGAAAUCAUGUCAGCACAAAAAGAAGCUCAAAAAUCAGAUUCAUCAGAUGAAAAGCUAGCGUCACCCUUAAAACAUGUCAAUAUUGACUCAGAGAGCUCAUCACUUAAUACAUCACUCAGAAGUUCUGAGGAUGAAAAAUCUUCACCUGUGAAAAGUGUGUUCUCUGACAGGAAGACAGUCUUGAUGUCAAGGAGUUUGGUUGGGACAGAAUCUGAUAUUGACGAUGCUGAUCCAGAACUUUUAGAGAUGAUGGCUGCUCAGAAAAAACUCCAAGCUUCAACCUCGCAAUCUGGAGCUCAUCUCGAGUUAGCUGUGCCAAACAGUGAUGAAGAACUUGAAGAAAUUCUCAGAGAGCAAAAAUCUUUUAAACAGCAAGAGGGGAGUGUCAAAGAAUCUAGUCCAAAACCAACACAGGAUGAAAGUAAAGGGGACACUGAUAAAUCAUCGCAAAAAAGAAACGAAGGAACAGAAUGUGAAGAAAGUCCUCAAUCAAAGAGAUUAAAAAGACGAAAUCAACAGCUAUACACUGAUUGUGACAGCUAAUGUUUACAUUGAUACACAGUAAAAUGCAAUGAAACAAUUUAAAAGCCGGUAUUCUACAUGGUUUGUGAAUUAUAUUUUAUCAGACAA